AGGAGGCUGGAAUAGAAUAGAGGAGCCAGCAUUGCCACCACUGCACACAGCCUGUCCCUGACUACUGGAGCCAACUGCCUGCAGAGGAGAAGAGCCUGCACCAUACAGCUGUGAUGACGUCCACUUGGUGGCUGCUACUUUUAGGAACCGCUCUGUCGCACAUGACGGUGGCGCAGGAGCAGCCUUUGCCCGACGACGAGGACUCAUUCCCCGAUGACGGUGACGUUAGUAGUACACUGAAGAAGACACACGGGGCGCUAAUCCGCAGUAUUCUCCGCAGGAUUGAAGAGGAACAGACUGAGAAAGACACCGACUCGCCUGCUCUGGAAUGGAUCUCCAAACGGCAGCACCCGGGGAAAAGGUUCUUUGAAGAGGUGGAGAAAAGACAACACCCAGGCAAGCGAGAGGAAGGGGACUUGUAUCUGGAGCUGCCCAAGAGGCAACAUCCCGGGAGGAGAUCCCUUUUCGGCGACCAGCUGCUCGAUAAUUCCAACCCUCCUUUAGGCCUCCUGACCGAUAUCUCCAAGAGGCAGCACCCCGGCAAACGCGGACCGGCCUACGCCAAGCGCCAACACCCAGGCAAGAGAAGUUGGGACGAGGAGGAAGACAUGGAUCUCGGAGACCUCCAAGAGGUGGACAAACGCCAGCACCCAGGUAAGAGGUACACGGAGCCGGAGAACGUUGACUACGUGCCGCCAUGUGAAGGACCUGACCCGUUCAACUGCAGCAAAGGAAGUCUUUUGUUGGAGCUUCUAGACAAUGUCAACCGGGGCCGAGUGGAGGAGAAGCGGCAGCAUCCCGGACGGAGGUCAACUUGGGAAGCAGAAGUCCCGGUAGCUCAGGAAUGACCGGCCCCCUUUCUGGUCCUCCAACCUGGCAAAGAAACACCUUCACCGACCCCUUCACUACUGGAAAACUGACACUUCCUCCGACCGUAGCUCCAAAUGUACUAUCCCACCGUGACUCUUAAUAAAUUUACUACCAGCGCUGUCUUCGCAGGGCGCCAAAACACGCAAAACAUGACGUACCGUGUGUUCUGGUGGAAGGUGGUGUAACCCAACUCCAAAAUGUAACCCACACCAGUCCGCCCCCAUCGGGGUCCAAAUAGAUAUUGCUAUUUAAAGUGCUGUUUUCACUUUAUUACCCAUAAAAUAUUUGUUUCUGUUUUAAUGGUUUGUGUUGAAUGCGGGUCCGGAUCCACGUUAUUUAUUUUUUUGUGUGUGUCGAAAAUGUUUCAAAAUCAGAUCUUUAACAGAUGUGCAAUAAAUGGUAUUUGAACCUCUGAGCGCAAUUUA